AUGGCUGAAAAUGCACCACCCGCCGGAGCUGCAAACGCAGGGACUGAUGCCUCGCGUGGCAUGCCCUACUACGAGAAGCUACGACGCGACUUGCGAGAAUCCCUCCACAAGAAACGCCAAAUAGACACGAAUCUGGCGCAAAUCGAAGAAACCAUCCUGAGAGCAGAGACGUCGUAUCUCGAAGAGACGAGCGCUGGAAACAUCAUCAAGGGCUUUGACAACUAUAUCAAAGGGGCAACGGCAACGUCCACAACGAGCGGUCCAGGCACGGCGACGCGUCGAAAGGCUCCGAUUAGCGAUGCGGACAGGAUAUUCAGCCGGAGCUCAGCAAGCUUCAUGAGGGAGGCAUCGACGCCUGGCUCCACCCAGACAACCCCAUCACAUGCCCCUACCCCGACAUCAUCCUUCCCCACACGUGAAAGUAGUCAGCCAACGCCGAACGGACCGAGCAAAUCCACUGCUGUAGCAAGCAAAAAGAAGAAGGCCCCAGACACCGACGAGGAUACUGAUGGUAAGCCAGCGAAGCGAGGAAAGAUUACAUACGGCAGAGAUUGA